ACUGCGUGAUUUCGGUAAACUGACUUUUCUGUAUAACACAUAACGUUCUCUUUAAGCAUGACGCGUAACAUAGAUUGGAAUGAAUUGAGUGCCGAUAAAAAGUUUAUUGGAAAUGGUACUUUCGGUGCUGUAUUCAAGGUGACAUGGAACUCAAAAAAUGGUCAAAAAACCGUCGUGAUUAAACAAUUCCAUCUUAACGCAAAUGAGGAUCAAAUUAAAAAAGAAGUCGACAUGCUAUCGCUGGUCAAUCAUGAUAAUAUUGUAAAGUUAAUAGGUACUACAAAAGAUGAGAAGGAAAGAAUGGCCAUUGUAAUGGAAUACGCAGAGUGUGGCUCUCUUUAUGACCUACUGCACAAUAAGGAAAAUAAGAACACUGAUUUACCACAUACACUGCGUAUUAGCUGGAUGCUGCAAUGUGCAGAGGCCAUUAAAUACCUUCAUGAACUCAGUCCGAAAAUUCUUCAUCGUGAUCUAAAACCAAAAAAUCUACUGCUUUUCAAUAAUUGUCGAACAUUGAAAAUAUGUGAUUUUGGCACAGUUAAGAAGCAGGAAACCUUUAUGUCUUAUGUUGGAACUAUUUGUUAUAUGGCACCAGAGGUCUGUGAAAGGUCAUACACUGAGAAAUGCGACGUAUAUAGCUUUGGUAUUACAUUUUGGGAAGUAAUGUCAAGAAAGAAACCAUUCUACCACUUGGAAACUCAUCGGACUGUAUACGUUAAAAAGAAAACCGCAGAAGAUGAUCGUCCACCCAUCGAUGACAUUCGGAAUAUUCCAAAAUCCGAGCAGAUUAUAGAACUUAUAGAACGCUGUUGGAAUGGAGACGCAUAUAAACGACCGACAAUGCGAGAAAUAAUAAGUAAUAUUAAUAUUUUGUACUCAAUUAGGGAUGUGGAAGAGCCUAACUUAAGUCUGAAAAUACCAGUCAAAAAUGAAGAUAUCAGAUUGAUUAAUGAAGAUAUCAAUCCGAUUCAUAAAGAUGAAUGGAAAAAUAUUACUAUAGGAGAGCUCAUUGGAUAUGGCUCGCUUGGAGAAGUAUAUAAGGCUCUCUGGAUAACUAAGAAGGGAUCAAAGAUAAUUGCACUUAAAAGAUAUAGACCUUAUUAUUCGAUCAACUCAAAAAAAUUAACAAUUUAUAGUUCACAACUAAAGCAUGAUAAUAUUCUAAAAUUAUAUUGUCUAUCCAUUGAUUACAAUAGAACCCCUAUUGAGCUUAUGGAGUAUGCCGAUUGCGGAACUCUCUAUAGUGCUGUGCAUGAUUGUACAGUGAAUAUUGUUAAUCAUGCAUAUGAAACGUUUUCUUUAAUGUGGGUGUUGCAUUGCGCGAAGGGUCUCAAAUUUCUGCAUGAACAAAACAUUAUUCAUCGUAAUAUAACUUCAAAGAAUCUGUUUCUUUUUAACAAUUAUCAAACCCUAAAGAUUCGACUACCUGAAACAGUGAGGACAGAGGGUACAUAUAUGACACAAUAUGUUGGAACUUUUGAUUAUAUGGCUCCAGAAAUUAUGGAAGGGAUGCAAUACACCAAAAAGUGCGAUAUCUAUAGCUUUGGGAUAAUGCUGUGGGAGGUGAGGUCACGAAGGAAACCGUACUACGAAAUAUACUUAUUUAGAAAUAUUAUACAUUUCGAAGUGAUUGAAGGUCUUCGUCCAAAUAUAUGUUUUGUCGUCGACAUUCAAAAUUCGGAUGAGAUAAAAAGUUUGAUUAGAAAAUGCUGGGAUGCGGAUCCACAGGAAAGACCUUCUAUGGAGAAAGUAGUCGCAAUUAUGGAAAAAUAUUCUUCUUAUUAAGAGAACGGCAACCAAAUUUUGAAUAUUAUGAAAAAUAUUAUUACCAUCUGCACGUUUAUUUAAAAUUCACGUUCUUCUAGUUUUUGGUUAUAAUUUAUAAAAAUAUAAUAAGAAAG